AAGGGCGGGCUGAGCCUGGCCCCAUCGGCCCGCCCCGCCGGCCCGGCCCAAGCGGGCGGGGAUUUGCUGACCCGGGGCCGGCGUGACGGGGCCAGCGGCCGCCGCGCCAUGGGGCCCCCCGCCGAGACCGACCUCUACCGGGACACCUGGGUGCGCUACCUGGGCUACGCCAAUGAAAUUGGAGAGUCCUUCAGAGCCAUUGUGCCCAUCUCGCUGGUCUGGGCGAGCUACGGGGUGGCUACCACAUAUGUGACAGCCGACGCGAUUGAUAAGGGAAAGAAGGCAGCUGUUGCACAUGAAUACGACGCGGGGAAGACGACGCGGGUGGCCGUGGCUGUGGUGGAUACGUUUGUGUGGCAGGCGCUGGCCUCCGUAGCCAUCCCCGGCUUCACCAUUAACCGCAUCUGUGCUGCCUCCCUCUACCUCCUGGGCACCAUGACCCACUGGCCCCUCCCCAUCCGGAAGUGGAUGACCACAGCCAUUGGCCUCUCAGCCAUUCCCAUCAUCAUCAAGCCCAUUGACAGGUCUGUGGAUUUUCUGAUGGACUCCAGCCUUCGCAAACUCUAUGGUGCAAAAGAGAAACAUCCCUCUUCUUCCUGAGGCAACCCCCCUGCCCCCAUGGCUGAAGUGGGGCAGCGGGGAGAACUCUCACCCAUCCAGCUCCACACCUCACAACUGACUCCACUGUAUUUGAGUAAUUUUCUGCUGUUAAGCCAACUUACUGUGACAUCAGGGCAGGAGAACAAGAGGGCUGGGCAGUCCUGCCCCAUGCAUCUCUGCUUCAGAGGCAUUAGCACCAGGCCUGAAUGGCCAGGAGCUGGUUGUCCUACCCAAAUGCUGGCAGCCUAGCUGCUUUGGCAGAAUGGGAUUUCAGGGUUGUUUUUGGUCCUUUGUGGCCUGAUUCAGGGAGUAUUGGGGGAGGAGAAGAGGAAAAGCGGAAUUGCUACCAAAACCCCCGUGGUAUUAAUACAGGCUAGGGCUGGUAGAGGCUCUAUCUAAGUUACAAAGCCGUGGGACAGGUUAGGUUUGGCCUAUCGAGAGAUCUGCAUUUACUGUGAAAAACCCUGUUCUGGGGGUUAAUUGUACUAACUCACAUUCAUCUAACUGGCUCCAGUUCCUGCUGUUUGACUAGUCAGGUUCCCACUGUAAAACAACUCUGCAAUUCCUUCUCCUCAGAAUAAACCACUUUAACCUGAA